AUGGACCUCAAGGACGUGCCCGAAUUCUACGAGGUCGAGCUCGGCGAGUCGCUCAUCUCGCGUACUGAAACAUUAGGUACGUGGCGUGCGAUUCGAGUCGCGGGUUGCUGAGCUCUCCCUGCAUCGACCGUGAACGGGUCCCCAGCCCCGACUUGAAACUGAACUCGGCCGUUUCGGUUGCGCUGCAGCCUCGUUCAGGGAGCUCGGACCACCCGAUCUGUGUCAUGUGAUCAAAACAACGGGCAAGGCUGGGUCCAAGGAUGUGAGUUUGGCGCGCGGUCGACGCGCGAUCCUGAUGACGGUCGUGUCCCGUCCGCCUACGUCACGCGUCACGCACCGCAACAUGACUGACCCCUGGCUGACAUUUGCUCGCACACCGCUCGACAGAUUGGAUCAUACCACUAUGUCUCAGGCGUAGAUGGUGAGAGUUCCAUCCCGUAGAGGAAGCGCUCCAUCCCCCACAGCACGGGAGCUGACCGACCUCCCCCUCCUCACCUCCUCACCUCCACGCAGCAUCCUCCUCCGCCUCCCUCGCGGCCUACCUCAACUCGCUCCAAUACACCGUCGAGGAAUCCGCGUCCUGGUUCUUCGGCUCGACCGCGACCAAGGGAGCGUACAAGAUCCGCGGAGGCGCGUUCUGUUCCUUCAACGCCUUCUCGAGGGUCGACGUCCGGGUCGAGGUCAAGAUCCCAGGUGGGGUCGAGGCCUAUGUCAUUGAUUUGAGGGGCGACAAGUAGGCCGGCUCGCACGACGGGAUGAGCAUGAGCAGAGUAAGCGACUGAUCCCAGUGACUUGGGCCUCACAGGCACGAGGCGACCCCGGCAGUUUGGCAAGAGGUCUACCUUUCGGCAUUGCUGCGUGCGAUCCUCUAUGCCGACGAUGCCAACUAUGUCAGUCUCAUCAUAUUCACCAUUAGGUGUUGGAGCAACUGACGGUUUACAACGUUCCUCACAGCGCUUGGCCGGCUUUCGGAAAAUGGACCCCAUCACCUCCAUCGAGGCCGAGUUACGGUUCGUCGCAGCCGCAGAGGCCGCAUUCUUCAAAGGUCAGACAGUCUCGGGUCUCGGGCCCUGCAGAAGCGAUGACGAGCCAUUCACUCACGUUAUCCAACCACCCCCUCAGGUUGGCAACUUGGUUCGGAACCCGAAAUCCAGGUCGCGACCGUCGUCUCGAACCACCUCACCGCGGGUUUGAUGAAGUACUUUGGCGACGCGUUCCGAUUCGGGCCGGCCGUGAACCUGUUCGAAAAGCUGGUCGUCAAGGAGGGUGAAGUCGCUUGUUUGUUGGCGCAGAGUUAUAUUGGGAUGGGUGAGUGGUACCCCAAGUUCAGCCCGCCGUGACCGUUCGACGCGCUCAUGCUGGCUUCUCCUCAUCACAGACGAGGAAGUCAAAGCAAUCAAAGUUCUACAGGCCGCUUUGGAGAAACAACCCCAGUCGUACGCGUUGCUGCAUGUUCAGUGUGACUUUUUGCGUUCCAAGGGGAAAGGCGAGUGGGCGCUCAAGUUGGCCAAGGAGGCGGUCAAUUGCGCACCGUCGGAAUUCGUUACGUGGGCCAAGUUGACCGAGGUCAAUAUCGAAUUGGGGAGGUAUACCGAUGUGAGUGAUCGCUGCAAGAGCUUAGCUAGAAUUAGCGAGGGCCGUCAAGCUGAGCGACUUUGAAACUUCCUCCCGCAGGCCCUGUUGACGCUCAACUCGUGUCCGAUGUUCACCUACAACGAACGCGACCUACACCGUAUGCCCACACCCGCUCGCUCUCACCUCCCGAUGAAAGAAUUCAUCUCCGCCUCCGGUAUCCUCGACGACGAAGCCACCGCUUCGCACAACAACGACGCCGACGUCGCUCUGCUUCGAUUACCCGCGCCUUCACUACGAGGCACGUUCGCCAAGGCGUAUGCGUUGUUGGCCAAGUUGGUCGCGCAGAUCGGGUGGGACGAAUUGCUCAAGUGUCGGAGUCAGGUCUUUGUGAUGGAGGAGGAGUAUAGGAUGCAGAAAGCGACGGAUCCGGUCGGCACACCCGCGACGGGGUUGAAUGGGGUUACGAAGGGGGUCGAGGUGGUUGAGGAAGAGGACAAGGAAGGGUUCGGGCCUCUGGCUUUGGAAGAGGAGGAAGACGAUGUUGAGGAUGGGGAAGAAGGUGCGGACGAGGACGCUUCGACGAGAGGUGUCAAUGAUGGCACACAAGGCGGUCCACCGGUCGGUCGGAAUGGGAAUGUGCAGAAACCGAGAACGGCGCAGGCACCACCGGAUGAUGCGGCGAAUGAGGAGGAGGCGAAGGGCGGACCGGGGUCGUUCAGUAACAAGAGAUUGUGUGAGAGGUGGUUGGAUAAUCUGUUCAUGGUCUUGUACGAGGUGAGUUAAGGCACGAACGAAGAGGGUCACAAGUGUGGGCUCCCGUGCUGACUCUGCCGACUCGUCACAGGAUUUGCGGGUGUACACGAUCUGGCGAGCCGAAGUCGCACACUGCAAAGCGCAACACCUCUCGUACCGCAAAACAGGAACCGAAUGGGAGAUCCUCGGUGAACUCGCCGCGCGUCUGCACCACCCCGAAGAAGCCAAAGACGCAUUUCAACGUGCGCUCGACGCCAAAUUCUCCGCGAAAGCUUGGCAACGCUUGCUGGAGAUGUACGCCGACGAAGGGGACGUUCAACGUGCGCUGAACGCGGCGAUUCGUUUGAGCGCGUAUCAACAUCGUUGGUACAUGGAGUGCGCUUACCCGACGAAUGUGGCGCAUCAGUUGUUCAAGUUGAUCAGGAGGGAUGGGUUGGCCAAGAUCAGUUAUUCGUUGGUGUCGAUGAAUGUGCCGCAGGCGGUUCUGAAGGGGGUCAUGCAGCCUUAUUUCCAGUGGGCGCAGGCAUUCAGGGUUGAGGGAUCCGAGUUCUGA